UACUUGUCGGUAGUUGUAGCCGUUUUCUUAUGCAUCUAACGGGACAGGUUAGCUUUCUGUUACUGUUACCGGUAGUAUGCAGAAUAUGCUGACAAUUAUCUCAAACGUGUUUAGAGGAACCGCCAGCAAAAAUGCUACCCAAACAGUGUCAGAGGGCGCCAGAGCGGUGGUGUCAACGCGCUCCUAUGCUGACUUUACACCGCAGGCUACCUUUGACAUAAAGAAAUGUGAGCUGCACCGCCUGGACGAGGGGCCCCCGCUGAAGGCGGAUCUGACCCGAGAGCAGGGCUUGCAGUACUACCGCACCAUGCAGACCAUGCGCCGCUUCGAACUGAAGGCAGACCAGCUCUACAAGCAGAAGAUCAUCCGAGGCUUCUGCCACCUGUACGAUGGACAGGAAGCCUGUGCAGUUGGUAUUGAGAAUGGCGUCACAGCAAGCGACCACCUGAUCACGGCCUACCGAGCCCAUGGGUACUGUUACACCAGGGGAAUAGCAGUCAAGAACAUCUUGGCAGAGCUCACAGGCCGUAGGAGUGGUGUAGCCAAAGGCAAGGGAGGCUCCAUGCACAUGUAUGCAAAAAACUUCUACGGAGGCAAUGGGAUUGUUGGAGCGCAGGUUCCACUUGGGGCCGGGGUGGCCUUAGCAUGCCAGUACCAGGGCAACAACCAGGUGUGCGUCACACUCUAUGGAGACGGAGCCGCAAACCAGGGUCAGGUCUUUGAGUCAUACAACAUGGCUGCUCUGUGGAAGCUGCCCUGCAUCUUCGUAUGUGAAAAUAAUCAAUAUGGCAUGGGUACAUCUGCGGAACGUGCGUCAGCCAGCACAGAGUACUACAAGAGAGGUGACUACAUCCCCGGCAUCAGGGUGGAUGGCAUGGAUGUGCUAUGUGUGAGAGAGGCAACAAAGUUUGCAGCAGACCACUGCAGAUCUGGAAAGGGUCCAAUUCUAAUGGAACUCCAGACCUAUCGUUACCAUGGACACAGUAUGAGUGACCCAGGGGUCAGUUACCGCACACGUGACGAGAUCCAGGAGGUUCGCAGUAAGAGUGAUCCCAUCUCCCUGCUGAAGGAUCGCCUGAUCAGUAACAACAUGGCCAGUGUGGAGGAGCUCAAGGUGAUUGACGUGGAGAUACGCAAGGAGAUUGAGGACGCGUCCCAGUUUGCCACCUCCGAUCCUGAGCCUCCACUGGACGAGCUCUGCAACCACAUCUUCUACAACGAGGGCCCCCUGGAGGUGCGCGGCACCAAUCCAUGGAUGAAACUCACGUCCCGCAGCUAAGGGCAUCAGUGCACCGCUGUCAGCCACCAUGUUACCUGUCUUUAAUUUGACACCUCAGACCCCAUGGUACAACCUUUUGACCAGAAACAUGGGGCCCUACCCAACCCCACCCAAUUCCCUUUACAAACGCACAAAAAUCUUAGUAAAGAUGAUUACUGUGAAAGUAUGACCAACGUAGAAGGUGACCUACAUCCCAGUUUACCCCAUUCAUGUAUUGUAUAUGUGGAAAUAUGUAUGUCUGUGGCACUGUAAUGAUUCCUCAAGAUGUAUUGGAUAUGUUUGCUGUCUGUCCGUCUGAUGGUAUCGUAGCUUUCAGCACCUAUUGCACUUUUUUUAGAGUUAGAGAUAAGCUAGAGGAAGGGCUACUUGAAUGCUGACUGUGUUUCUAAACCCUAUUUUCUAAUGGCGUUACCCUACCAGUGCACUGUAAUUGAGUUGAGCUGUGCCAAGCUGAGCCAAGAUUUUUUUUCUCCCACAUGCUUUUGUGAGCCAGCAAACCCUUGUUGUGCUGUGAAUUUCAGAGCGGGCCUGAAGUGUUCCUAGGCUGUGGUGAUUCCAUUUAAAUUAUCCUUUAUUGACAUGUUUGUCAGGCAACGGUUUCAUUGAAUAGAGAGGUUGCCAAACUGAAUUCAUCAAAGCCCCAGUAAAUGUAUUACACUGAAAAGAGAUUUAUUUUGAGGGUGGAAGAAAGGAAUUGUAGAAAUCGGCUGGAUUCCACAGUGAACUGGCAAGUCAUAGAGAUACUCGCUGCAGUUUGGUCAGACAACCAAAUUCAGUGUAGACUCUUCUAGGGACCCGGAGUACAGAAUAAGAGGGGCUGUCAAAUUAACGUGUAACAAUACCUGAAUAAUGUGAACUGCAACACACUACAGGGACAAGAAUACAACUUUAAAAUGGGAACUACUGAGCAUAAAAGGGAGUAUUUGACACUUGUAACCUAUUGUGGAGGUAAACCCUCCCUUCCUGGUGUAUGGAAAUACAACAUGAACUGUGCUGUGCUGUUCUGAUCUUGGCUCUCCUCAACACGCUUACAAGCUUUUAUGGAAAAUGUCUUAAAUUGCUGACAUUGAGAAUUUGCACAUAAUAGAAAAAAAAACACCUGCAAUAAUAUAUAAUACUAAUAAUCCCAUUCUACACCACAUUCCUUGAGGUAAAUACUCUGCCAGCAUUGUUAUCUUACAGGUCAAAUUACAUUUUUUCACAUCAUGCUUUCCCAAGGACCAUGUCAAAUAAAGACAAAUAAACCUGA